AUGGCGUCAAAAGACUCUGGAGGUCCUCUCCAGGAUCAGGAGUCCGCAGAGACCAAGGACGUGAGCACCUCGCAAUCUCAAGCAACAGAGACCUCGGUUUCUUCGUUGAGAGAAGCAUCCGCCGCCACGUUAGGCUCGACAGACGACCACAUAUUCACCGACCCCAGCAUCGCCGACUACUGGCGCAAGGUGUAUGAGAAAGCCGAAUAUGAGAACCGACAUCGAUUCGAUCCCUCCUACCAAUGGUCGGCCGAGGAAGAAAAGAAGUUGGUCAGAAAGAUCGACAAGCGAAUCAUGGUAUGGGCGUGGAUUAUGUUCUGCGCUCUUGACCUUCAUCGACGAAACAUCAAUCGAGCUAUUUCGGAUAACAUGCUUCCCGAACUUGGAAUGAACACGAACGAUUACAACUAUGGCCAAACAAUCUUCCUCUUGACGUUCCUCUCCGCGGAGUUGCCCAGCGGACUCAUCAGCAAAAAGCUCGGAGCCGACAGGUGGAUUCCAUUUAUCAUGGUUGGGUGGUCCAUAACUGCUGGAUCUCAGGCGUUUUUGUCGAACCGCGCUGGCUUCUACGCUAUCAAAGCCCUGCUGGGUUUAUUGAUGGGUGGUUUUAUCCCUGACAUUGUGCUAUGGCUCACUUACUACUACAAGUCCAAUGAGCUGCCGCUGAGACUCGCCUGGUUCUGGACGGCUCUGAGUACUGUAAACAUUGUGGGCUCUCUGAUUGCCGCUGGUGUUCUCCAGAUGCGAGGAGUUGGAGGAUGGGCUGGUUGGAGAUGGCUCUUUCUUUUGGAGGGAAUCGUGACCCUCAUCAUAGGCAUCUUUUCGUGGGGCCUGAUGCCCCCCGGUCCCUGCCAGACUAAGAACUGGUUCCGGGGUAAGAACGGAUGGUUCACCGACCACGAGGAGUACAUCAUGGUCAACCGCUUGCUUCGGGACGACCCGAGCAAGGGUGACAUGCAUAACCGAGAAGCCGUCGGUCCGUCCCAGCUUCUGAAGGUCGUCAAAGACUGGGAACAGUGGCCGCUGUAUCUCAUCGGCUUGACUACAUACAUCCCGCCGUCUCCACCGAGUAACUACCUCUCGUACAUUCUCCGCAGGCUGGGCUUCUCCGUAUUCCAGGCCAAUCUUCUCGCAAUUCCGUCGCAAUUCCUGUUCGCCGUCAAUCUACUCAUCAUUUCUUGGGUGUCCGGGAAACUCAAGGAGAGAGCCAUCAUUUCUUCAAUUUCCAAUAUCUGGAUCUUCCCCUGGCUCGUCGCACUUGUGGCGUUGCCGGCAGACUCGAGCACCUGGAUCAGGUACGCCUUGCUGACGGGACUGCUGAGUUACCCGUACUGCCACGCAAUUCUCGUCGGAUGGAACGCGAAGAACAGCAACGCCGUGAGGACGAGAGCAGUCAGUGCGGCACUGUACAACAUGUUCGUGCAGGCAGGCAAUAUUGCAGCCUCAAACAUCUACCGAGACGACGACCAGCCUCUUUACCGCCGUGGAAAUAAGGUUCUUCUUGGAAUCUGCUGCUUCAACAUUGUACUCUUUUACUUCGUAAAGGCGUUCUACAUUUGGCGCAAUAAGGUCCGCGACAGGCGAUGGAAUGCCAUGACCAAGCAACAACAGGAGGAGUACACCCUAACCACUACAGACGAGGGUCAACAAAGACUUGACUUCCGUUUCGCGCACUGA